AUGAAUUUGGAUUCGGUGAGAGUUUUGUUCGUGGAACAAACAGUUUUUGCGUUUGGAAUGCGAAACAGCGAGGUUCAAGGCAUCAAUCAAUUUCCACGAGUCACAGCAGCAAAUAUACUCAAUCAAUUCUGUCGGCAAGUCCAGGAUUGUGGUAGUGGCGGUAUUCCGAUUCGAGGAACCAGUGGUCAUAGUAUCAGCAGAGUUGGUGGACGAGUACGCAUGACGACGACGAUUUUGUCGUUGGUGUCACGUUGUUGUUUUAGAUCGUGGUCGUCAAUCUUCAAAUGCCCAAUCAGACGGGCCACGCAUGUUCGCAACUAUUCUAGUGAUCGCUGUCCGAGGCUAUCCAAAUAA